CUCACUCUCACACACACAGGCUCUGGCUGCCUGGGCUGGGCUCUCCCGCACUGGUUCAUCUCUCAAUAGCUGCCCCAUCCUCGGGGAGAAGAGACCUUUUGUUAUUCAAAUCACACACUUGGGGCUCUGCUGCCGCUGCUGGCUUGGGUGCACCAGCCUGCUGCAGCCAUUGGGAUCUGCCGAUUCAUUCGUCCCUCUCCCUUCCCGUGGCUCGUGGCCUCUCGCACCAGCUGAUUUCUAGAUUUCCUCUCUCAGGUGGAGGGCAGGCGUGGGGGGGGAUUGCUUUCCGGAGCUGCCGCAGGCCCCCUCCUCCCCAUCCUGCCGCCCCCCCUUUCUGUGUGCUGCUGCAGCUCCCAGCUUUGUAAUCUCUCCCCCUCCCUCCACCCCCCCUCGCCCUCCCCUGCUUCCUCUCUGCCAGUCCAGCCUGGGUCCUGCUGCUCUGCCCAGCUCCAUGGGAGCCCCGCGCUCCGCGGCAGGCUCUCCCUGCCCUUGUGCCCGCUAACAUGGCACUACCAGCACCCAAUUAACCAGGAGUAGCAGCACUGGGGGAGCCGGAAUCUGGUCCUCCUCCCAACUCCAGACUCGGUCAUGGAUGUGAGCAAGAUGACGGUCAGCAUCAAUAAAGCCAUUAAUACCCAGGAAGUGGCCGUGAAGGAAAAACAUGCCAGGACGUGCAUUCUGGGAACCCACCACGAGAGAGGAGCGCAGACCUUCUGGUCGGUGGUGAGCCGCCUGCCGCUCUCCAGCAACGCCGUACUCUGCUGGAAGUUUUGCCAUGUAUUUCACAAACUUCUCCGGGACGGGCAUCCCAACGUCCUGAAAGACUCCUUGAGAUACAAAAAUGAGUUAAGUGACAUGAGCAGGAUGUGGGGUCACCUGAGCGAGGGCUACGGCCAGCUUUGCAGCAUCUACCUCCGACUGCUGAGAACCAAGAUGGAGUACCACACCAAGAAUCCCCGAUUCCCAGGCAACCUCCAGAUGAGUGACCGGCAGCUGGAUGAGGCAGGAGAGAGCGAUGUCAACAACUUUUUCCAGCUGACGGUCGAGAUGUUUGACUAUUUGGAGUGUGAGCUGAACCUCUUCCAGACUGUGUUCAGCUCCUUGGAUAUGUCCCGCUCGGUGUCGGUGACAACAGCGGGGCAGUGCCGCCUGGCCCCCCUGAUCCAGGUCAUUCUGGACUGCAGCCACCUGUAUGAUUACACCGUCAAGCUCCUUUUCAAACUUCACUCCUGUCUUCCUGCUGACACCCUCCAGGGCCACCGGGACCGCUUCAUGGAGCAAUUCAGGAAGUUGAAAGAUCUCUUCUACCGCUCCAGCAAUCUCCAAUACUUCAAGCGUCUCAUUCAGAUCCCUCAGCUUCCUGAGAACCCACCCAACUUCUUGCGGGCCUCAGCCUUGUCAGAACACAUCAGCCCCGUGGUGGUCAUCCCGGUGGAGGCUUCGUCCCCAGACAGCGAGCCCGUCCUGGAGAAAGAUGACCUCAUGGAAAUGGACGCCACUUCUCAGCAGAAUUUCUUUGACAACAAAUUCGACGAUAUCUUCGGCAGCUCUUUCAGCAGCGACCCUUUCAACUUCAACAAUCAGAAUGGCAUGAGGAACAGAGAAAAGAAGGAUACCUUGAUUGAUCAUCUGUACCGGGAGAUCAACGGACUGAAGAAAGAGAUGGAGAACAUUAAAGCCGAGAAACACCUGGCGCUGCUGCAGCUGAAGGGCCGGAUCAGCGAGCUGGAGGCAGAGCUGGCGGAGCAGAGACACCUGCGUCAGCAGGCGGCCGAUGAGAGUGAAUUUCUCCGGGCUGAGCUGGACGAGCUCAAUAAGAAGCGAGAAGACACGGAGAAAGCCCAGCGGAGUCUCACGGAGAUCGAGAAGAAAGCCCAGACAAAUGAACAGCGUUACAGCAAGCUAAAGGAGAAGUACACAGAGCUAGUUCAGAACCAUGCCGACCUGCUGCGGAAGAAUGCCGAAGUGGCCAAACAGGUCACUGUGAUGAGACAGGCGCAGGCUGACUUGCAGCGAGAGAAGAAGGAGCUGGAGGAUACUUUCCAUCAUGCGAACGAGCAGGCCCAGCGCAAGGCUCAAGAACAGACGGAGGUCCUAGAGACGUUAAAACAAGAGCUUUCCAUCAGCAAACAUGAAUUCCAAGUCCUCCAAGGCACCCUGGAGACCUCUGCCCAGUCAGAGGCAAAGUGGAAUAUGCAGAUUGAAGGCCUAGAGAAGGAGCGAACCAGCCUGGCAAAAAUCGCAUCUGAGAGGUAUGAAGAAAUCUCAUCCCUUCGGAACCAACUGGAGCGAACACAGUCUGAGUUAACCAGUGCACAGGAAUCUAUGCAUCAAAUCGCAAAGGACCAGCGGAAGUCAAUUCUCCUGGAAACAGGGCAAGAGGCUGAGAAGAUGGUGAAAGAUGCCCUGAGCCAGCUUGAGGACCCCAUCCUCAUCAGCUGUACUGGGUCUGCAGAUCAUCUCCUUUUUAAGACCAAUUGUGUUUUGAAAUGCAUCGACCAAGUGGAGGAGGCCCAGAAGCAGUAUCUGACCUCUUCAGAUGAUGUCGGUGGACUGGCACGAUCCAUGACCCUCUUGGCUCACCUGGUCAGUGACACCAUCCUCCAGGGCAGUGCCACCUGUCUGACGACCUCCUUGGAGCCUGCCGAGAUGCUAACGGAUGCCUGUAAAGAGUGUGGCAGGGAAGCCCUGCUCUAUCUGUCUGCUCUGAAGGAAGAGGACAGUCUUAGGAAUGCAGAUAGCACGGCUAUGAGGAGCUGCCUCAGCAAGAUCACAGCCAUUGGCGAGGAGCUCAGACCCAGAGGCCUGGACAUUAAGCAGGAGGAGCUGGGAGACUUGGUGGACAGAGAGAUGGCUGCCGCCGCAGCUGCCAUUGAAACAGCCACGGCCAGGAUCGAGGAGAUGCUCAACAAGUCCCGAGCUGGAGACACAGGGGUCAAACUAGAGGUGAAUGAAAGGAUCCUCAGCUCCUGUACCAGCCUGAUGCAGGCAAUUCAGAUCCUCAUUGUAGCCUCCAAAGACCUCCAGAAGGAGAUAGUGGAGAGCGGCCGGGGUGCGGCCUCCCCCAAAGAGUUCUAUGCCAAGAAUUCCCGAUGGACAGAAGGACUGAUCUCGGCCUCCAAAGCUGUUGGUUGGGGAGCCACAGUCAUGGUGGAUGCAGCGGAUCUGGUGUUUCAAGGGAAAGGGAAGUUUGAGGAGCUGAUGGUGUGUUCCCGUGAAAUUGCAGCCAGCACAGCACAGCUGGUGGCUGCUUCCAAGGUGAAAGCAGACAAAGACAGCACAAACCUGGCUCAGCUGCAGCAGGCCUCUCGGGGGGUGAACCAGGCGACGGCAGAGGUGGUGGCAUCGACCAUGGCAGGGAAGUCACAGACUGAGGAGACAGAAAACAUGGACUUCUCCAGCCUGACGCUGACGCAGAUCAAACGUCAAGAGAUGGACUCCCAGGUAAAAGUGUUGGAACUGGAAAAUCAGCUGGAGAAGGAGCGGCAGAAGCUGGGCUACCUGAGGAAGAAGCACUACGAGCUGGCCGGCGUCGCCGAGGGCUGGGAGGGCGAGCCCGGAGCACCUCCAGCUGCUGCGCCAGAAGCCGAGUUAGUUAAGGACUAGAGCCCGGCCCUCGCCCCAGACACCAGACCGUCAAUCCUCAUAACUUGUCUCUGUGCUUGCCGCGUGGCCACUCCACUGCCCAUCUGCCCGCGCUGCAGACUCAUCACCUCCCCCGCAGUCAGCCUCUCCCAGAGCUCCCACCCCACGGGACGCACUUUGAUGUGAAGCGCGUCGAGUCGACCCUCACUUCCCCGCGCCUGCUCGAGAUGCCGGCGGGCCCUCGCUAGCCAUCUGGCCCCCAGGGAGCUUGCAGUGAACACGCCUCAGCCACAUGACUCACUUCAUCUCCGUGCUCAUUUCGUAGGGCCAGGGGCCGGGCUUGCAGGGAGAGGCCAAGAGAGAGACUUCAUCAGCGCCCUUUCCCUUUCCCCCUCAGUCUCGUCUGUUCCAUCGUUUGCACAAACCGGGGAGCAUCCGAGGGGGGUCCCAGGCCAAGAAGCUCUUCUGGAUCUGUCCACAGGAGGGUCCUGCCCAACCAGGCCAGGGCAGUUCGUCCCCCUCCUUGGCAGUCUCGUGGAUUCCCCACUGCUUCUUAGGCUGCUUGGUUUUUUGAAAAGUCAAUUCCUAUAGCCAACUUUCCUUAAGGGAGCCCCUCUGGAGCUCUUGGGACACAACUGGGUCCCGGUACCGUAGUGGUUAAACAAUUAAUGGUGCUGCUCAGGCUUUGCCCUUGGUGCUCCACAUCCACCACAUCACUGACCUCUGCUGGAGUGUGGAAUGGUCCCGUCCACUUCCUAGAAGGGAAUAGCUUCCUCCUAAGGGGAAGGCAGGUCGAGUGCCUUGUGUUACUGUACCUGGACCCUGGCUGACCCCCACGAUUCACCUCCACACUUGUGGGGACCACAGAAGAGGGGCGAGGGAAGGGUCCGGCCCACAUCCUCGGGGAACCAUCAUCCAUGGCAACAACUCGUGAUCAGGCUCCAGAAACCCCAUGGUGCCCUCCUUGGAUGGGGAUGCUGAGAACAGCAGCACUGCUCUGUGCAGCAGGUCCUUCCCUGGCCACCACCCUCCCUACCUGACCAGGGUACCAAGAAGGAGAAGAUGAGGGAAAUCUCAAUGGCUUUCACCAAGCAGUCAGCCUUGUCACCUCCCCGAACUGAAGGUGGAUAAUGACCUUUUCCAACUAAUUAAGAAGCCCUGGUCAGAGAGAAUAGAACAAGCCAUCCCCAAAAAGGAUAGAGGCUCAUGUCUGGUGUCCAUCUCCUCCAGUCCCUCUUACAGUGCCCUGUGCUAUUUAUAACUAACCAGUCACAAGCAGCAAACCCCCUAUGAAGAAAUGCUUGGAGCAAUUAGUGUUGGAGGUGACUGCAUCUGACUACUGUUCCCCGCCCAACAAGCUUCAUGAACGCGAAAGAAAAAGGCAAGGAUACCAUCUUUGGACUCCUCACCAAACAGGCUCCUCAGGACAUCUGGUUACUUGUCCACAAAUGGAGAGAAAAGAAGAUCGAGUACCAGCAGGCUCUGCUGCCCAAAAUUCGCAUGGCUCUUGGAUCCUGGCAGUAGCAGCCAAGAAGCUUCCACUACGACCCAGGCUGCAUCAUGGUAGAGCUUGGAGAUCCUGUUCAAUCAAUGGAAGAGGGAAGCCUUUGUGGCAGUUCCCCUGUGCAUUUUAAGAGUGGGGACAUUUCAGAAAUUAGGAACUCAGUCACUGCACCCAAAAGGACGAAGGAAUGAACCAUGAAAAUGAAGCAAUCAAUGCCUUUGUGCUCGACAUCUUCCUGCUCCAAAGACUUGAAGAGAUCAUGCACUUUGUCACUGGGCCAAGAGUACAGGCCAGGAGUUCACAAAGAGGUUUGUCCUCAUUUCAGUGCCCCUCAAAAGUAUUCGGUCCAAACUCUCCUGCUUCCUUUUAAUAGAAGCAACAGAGAGAAUGGCUUUGGACAAGGUUCACCCCAGAGACUGGAGGUCAUCCCUCUGAAAAUUAACUAAGAUCAUUUCAAAAGCUCCUGUGAGUUUUGCUGAGUAGUAGUGGUGAUCACAUGCUAGUUGACAUAGUCAGGCUCAUCUGGAUUUACACUAGGGAAGAACCUUGU